GCUUUCCUGGGUUUUGAUGAGCGGUUGCGAUUCGAAGUAAUCCAACGGCUGUGAUCUUCUGCAGCAAAACCCUUUAAAAUUAGCGAAUCGGAGUCUCAUAAGCCAAAGCCGGAAGCAAGCAAAAGCAGAAAGAAGCAGAGGCAGAACCCUUUGGAGUAUACAAAGCCCACUCUCUCUGUCUCUCUCUCGCGCUCUCGACGCUAAGCUCUGUAUCGUUUCCUUGGUUUUGAAGAUUUCUUGGCGGUCUGAGCUUCUGGUACUUUCGAACGACGAAUCCCAAGGUGCCGUAAAACCUUGGGUUUAGGGUUUGGGAUAUAUAAUUGGCUUGUGUGUGGAUCUGUGACCGAUCGAUCAGAGUGUAGACGACAGUGAGUUAGGGUUUCGUAGAGUAUAACACGGAAGUAUUUCACCGUCGCUGCAUGCGUUUGUGUUGAGAGAGGAGGCAAUGGCAAGUUCUUAUCCUGGAGCUGUUAGUGCUGUUCAGGUGGGGUCGUACUUUGUGGGGCAGUACUAUCAGGUUCUUCAAAAGCAACCAGAUGUUGUUCAUCAGUUCUACUCAGAAGGAAGUUCCAUUAUCCAUGUCGAUGGUGAUUCCACAGAUUCUGCUUCCAGUAUAGUGCAAAUUCAUACACACAUACUGUCACUACAUUUUACUUCAAUUGAGGUCAAGACAAUCAAUUCUAUUGAUUCUUGGAAUGGAGGUAUUCUUGUGAUGGUUUCUGGUUCUGUUAAAACAAGGGACUCCACUGUAAAGAGGAAAUUUGUCCAGACCUUCUUUCUGGCUCCUCAGGACAAAGGUUACUUUGUUCUCAACGAUAUCUUUCAGUACGUUGAAGAUGGAGUUGUUUUACAACAUCCUGCACCCAUACAGUCAGAAGGCAGAUAUGAUGUGCAACUGAGUGCCUCUAGCCCUCUUCCAGAGCCACCAGUUUCUGACUAUGUUUUCGAGGAAGAGGCAAGGGAGUACAUGAACUCUGUUGAUAUAGAAGAUGAUCCAGUUGACAAGUAUAGUCUCCCAGAGCAACAGGUGCAGCAAGAUUAUGAGACUGAAGUUGUGGUGGAGGAAACUCCUGCAGAGGAAACAUAUGCUUCAUUUCAAAGCGUGGUGAACACUGUUCAAGAAACACCUGCUGUUUCUGUAGAGGAACCGGUGGGAGAGCCUGAAAAGAAAACUUAUGCUUCUAUAUUGCGAGUUGCUAAAGGGCCAUCUGCACCAGCAAUAACUCCACAACCUUAUUCCAGAAGUGCUCAAGCUCCUUCAGAAUGGAAUUACACGCCUCAGCCCACUGUUGAACAAUCCAACUCUGCUCUAUCGUUUGUGCCUGAGUCUGGGGCAGAAGCAGCAGAGGAAGGUUACGCGCUAGAGGAAGAAGGUGAAUUGAAAUCCGUCUAUGUAAGAAACUUGCCUCCUACGGUUACUGAAGAUGAGAUCGAGCAGGAGUUUAAGAACUUUGGUCAAAUUAAACCUGAUGGGGUCUUUGUUAGGGCUCGCAAGGAAAUUGGAGUUUGCUAUGCUUUUGUUGAAUUUGAAGACCUUGUUGGCGUUCACAAUGCACUCAAGGCAUCUCCGAUUCAGUUGGCUGGAAGGCAAGUCUACAUUGAGGAGCGGAGACCAAACAGCACUGGAGCUGCUCGAGGAAGAGGAAGGGGGAGAGGCAGAGGCAGUUACCAACCUGAAGCCACAAGGGGGCGUUUUGGUGGCCGGAGUUCAGGCAGGGGUAGUUACCAGGACGGUGGAGAUUACAGCAGAGCGAGAGGCAAUGGUUUCCAACAGCGUGGCACACGAUAAGAGGAAGGAUUUUAGAAGCACACAGGCAGAAGAUCAAGGGAAACAUUAUCUGUGUUUGAAAGCUUUUCGAGAUGCAGAAGAUUCCCAGUCUAAUAUUUCCUCUAGAUGGUUUCAUGAAAUUGUAUUUGUACUUUUCAAUGUCACUUACAUGAAAGUUUAUUUGGACUUAAGUCGACGGUUUAUGCUUACAAGUUUUCUCUCCCCUUGGAUGGUUUUUAUCAUGCAAUUCAAGCGGGGAAUUUUGGGCCUUUCAAGCCCCAAGUUGUGAGGAAAUGUGAUAAGAUGUUUGUUUCAAGUU